AUGGCCUGUGCCCUUCUCUUCAGGCUUCUCCUACUUAUGGCCCUGGCAGCCCCCUCCCAAGGCAAUGGCCCUGGCCCCACAUCUCGCCUGCGUUAUUCCAGGUUUCUGGAUCCUUCCAAUGUCAUUUUCCUGCGCUGGGACUUUGACCUUGAGGCUGAGAUCAUCACUUUUGAGCUCCAGGUCCGGACAGCUGGCUGGGUAGGCUUGGGUGUCACAAAUCGCUAUACCAACGUGGGAAGUGAUCUGGUUGUUGGAGGAGUCUUGCCUGAUGGCAACAUCUAUUUUUCGGAUCAGCACCUGGUAGAUGAAGACACCCUGGCGGAAGAUGGGAGCCAGGAUGCUGAGCUACAGGGGCUAACGGAAGAUGCUGUCUAUACCACCAUGCGCUUCUCCAGGCCUUUCCGCUCUUGCGACCCUCAUGACCAAGACAUUACGAGUGACACUAUGAGGGUGCUGGCCACCUACGGCCUGGAUGACACUCUGAAGCUGGACCAGGAGCGUACUUUUGUCAAGUCCAUCUUCCUGCUACAAAUACUCCACCCUGAUGAUCUUGAUGUCCCUGAAGACAGCAUCAUCCAUGACUUGGAGAUCACUGACUUCCUCAUUCCAGAGGAUGACACCACCUAUGCCUGCACCUUCCUCCCUCUCCCCAUCGUUAGCAAGAAACAUCAUAUCUACAAGUUUGAGCCCAAGUUGGUCCACCACAAUGAGACGAUGGUGCAUCACAUCCUGGUGUACGCCUGUGGCAAUGCCAGCACGCUCCCCACGGGCAUCAGCGACUGCUAUGGGGCUGACCCUGCCUUCUCCCUCUGCUCCCAGGUCAUCGUGGGCUGGGCUGUCGGGGGCACAAGUUACCAGUUUCCAGAUGAUGUCGGCAUCUCUCUUGGGACACCUUUGGACCCCCAAUGGAUCCGACUGGAGAUACAUUACAGCAAUUUUCACAACCUUCCUGGUGUGUACGAUUCCUCGGGGAUUCGAAUGUACUAUACUGCCACGCUGCGCAAAUACGACAUGGGAGUCCUCCAGCUGGGCUUCUUCACCUUCCCCAUCCACUUCAUACCCCCUGGUGCUGAGUCUUUCAUGUCCUAUGGGCUGUGUAAGACAGAGAAGUUUGAAGAGAUGAAUGGGGCCCCCGUGCCUGACAUACAGGUGUUUGGCUACCUGCUCCACACCCACUUGGCUGGCCGGGCUCUGCAGGCUGUGCAAUAUAGAAAUGGAACACAAUUCCGAACAAUCUGUAAAGAUGACUCCUAUGACUUCAAUCUACAGGAGACUCGAGAUUUACCUCAUCUAGCAGAGAUUAAGCCGGGAGAUGAGUUGUUGGUUGAGUGUCACUACCAGACGCUGGACCGCGACUCCUUGACUUUUGGGGGUCCCAGCACCGUUAAUGAGAUGUGUCUCGUCUUCCUCUUCUACUAUCCCCGAAACAACAUCUCCAGUUGCAUGGGGUACCCUGACAUCAUCUACGUGGCCCAUGAAAUGGGAGAGGAGGUAUCAGAUCCCAUGGAGGGCAUGAUGGCCAUGAACAAUGUUGAGUGGACCCCAGAGAACAUUAAGAAGGCUGAGAAAGCCUGCAAGGAGGCCCAGCAGAUGGUGAUAAUAAAGACCAUUGAUGAGAUAGUGGAAAACACAACAGGCUGGAUUUCAGAAAUCAUCCCUACUCCACGGGGGCCCUGCCUGGAGUCCUCAGGAGGCAAAGUGGAGCCCCAGGACAAAAUCCCUGAAGGCUUCAGGGCUGCACCAAUGGCCCUCUCAGGUUCUGAGACUGCUACCCCAAGGCACCUCCCCCUGGCUGCCCUAUUCUUUGGGCAGGGGGCCCUGUCUUGGCUCCUUGCCACCCUGCAGGUUGGAGUCUGA